AUGGCCAGCAACUUGGCUGAGACAACCAGGGGGCAGGCGUCCAGCCGCAAGACUGCCUCGCGCCCUGUCCGAGAGCCUACCGCCCAUUUGCCUCAGCUGGCCCCGAAGCCGAAUAAUGUUGGAGCACUGCCAGUGGCGAGUUCACUUCAGACCCUCGCAACUCCCGAGCGCUCAACUUCACCUCCACAGAAUGCCCAUAAUGGCGCCCCCUGUGCCUCGAAAGUCAGCCCUCAGGUGGGCGACUAUGGCCUAAUAAUGAAUUUUAUUGAUUCAGUAUUGCCGUUGCAACUACCUCUCUAUAAGCCCGAUGCUGCCUCUGGGGGGCGCGGGUGGUUGUUGUCCUUGGUAUUUCGCACCAAGGCUUUGUACCAUGCCGUUCUUGCGUUGGGUGCGUAUCAUCGGUCCACGCUCUUGUCCUCCCAAGGGUCGUGCGAGUGGCAGUUGGAGAACAUGAGAUCCCAAGAGGAAAACCUUGCGUUCUGUUUAGAUCUCGUUCAAGAGUCUACUAGUGGCGCAUGUGGCAAAGAUGGGAGUGGCGUGGGCAUCGCAGCGGCUAUCACUCAGCUCCUUUUCUUUGAGCUCUUCACCAAUCAUAACAGCAACGGGUGGCAAGCACACCUCCGCGUUCUAGUGAGGUUGUUCAAACAUGUCUAUACAAGGGACUUAAUCAACAUUGGCCUCUCCGAUCAGUCGCGAUUCAUUUUGAUGGGCCGAGAAGAGCUCCAAAACCACUCCCCAGAAGUGAGAGAGGAUGUAAUGGGCUUCAGAACCAUUGCUGGGUCCAUUGUAUGGCUGGACAUUAUUUUCUCCGUAACCUCGGGUGAUGCAGCUUCUUCAUGGCCAGAUCCUCUCUUUUCCAAUGAUUCUGCUUGCCAGGUCCGCCUACAAGACAUCAUGGGCUGCCAAAACUGGGUAAUGAUUCAGAUCGGUCGUAUCGCAGAGUUCCACAAGCAGAUGACGCAGGCCUCAGAGCACAAGUGCGACGAAUAUAUGAAAAUUGUGGAAGCCAUUCACAACGACAUCCAAAUAGGACUUGCAAAUCUAGGUCCCCCGGAGCUGAUGAGCCCAUUGGUUGACAUUGACAGCCCUAGAUCUGACCUAGUCGUCCUGAUCACCUAUUUGUAUGCGCAGACUGCUCUGAUUUAUUUGCAUCUGAUCCUUCAUGGGUUCAAGGACUUUCAGCAUGUCAGAGGCCCCAUCGCCAUAGUAACAAACUAUAUCCGACGCGGAAUAAAGCCGGAGCUCCGUCCUGCCCUGGUCUUCCCGUUCUACAUAUGUGGCUCUGUCGUGGAUGAAGGGGACAGAGACCUGUUCCGAUCAGUCCUAUCUAGCUCUCCCUUGGUUAGCCGGUCUCUUCAGCAUCGGCCGAGAGUGCUACAGGCUUUGGAGGAGAUUUGGUCCCAGCGACAGAGUAUGCCUGCUUACACUUGGCAUGAUUGUUUAAUCCCAAGCUCUGAUAUACUCCUCCAUUAG